AGCAGAAGCCGUAGUAACAAAGUUUUAUAACGAAUUAAUAGGUUUACAAUAAUUAAAGAAUAUCUUCCUACUUGGCUUAAGUGUAGACGUAAGCUUCAGAGUGUUAUUUAAGAUGCCUUCCAGAAAUCAGCCUGGUCUUCUAGCUCGAGUGAAUUUUCCUCUUUACACUCUACAAAUGCUUACAAGCCGUCAUGUUAUUGUUGGAGGUGGUGGAGGUUCAUCUAAAACAGGGGUUGCUAAUGGGUUUGAAAUUUUUGAGCUGUCAUACAACGGGAAUCGGUUUGUCGUUGAAGAGAUGAUACGACAUGAGACAGGACCCAGUGUUGUUAUGAAUUGCGCUUGUGUGAGUACACCAAAGAAAACAUACCUGGUCGCUGGACAAGAGAGCCACUGCCAACUGUAUCUGGUCACAUCAGAAAUUGUCUCAAGGAAAAGGAACAUAAGCACUUCAAACGACGUACAUCAGAAGAAAGAGGGAGGUGUUCGUAGAAGAACGACAUCUAAAUCAAAGAGUAGUAUAAGUGAAGAUCCACCAUCAAAAAUUAAUGAAGAUCAUAUAAAAACAGAGGGCAGUAAAGAUAGCCAAAACACCUUAGAUCGACAUUUAGAGUUUCAUAUUAAACCAGCUGAUAGUAUUCAAACUGAUUUCAGCUCAGAGGCGCUACAGAGAGUUGUAAGGAUCAGCCCGUCCGGUCAGCUGAUGGCGACUGGAGGAACUGACGGACAUGUCAGACUCUGGAACUUCCCCUCCAUGAAGCCGCACCGUGACAUUGUGGCACACCACAAAGAGAUCGAUGACCUUGACUUUAGCCCUGACAGCAUUUCUGUUGCUUCUGUCUCAAAGGACGGCAAAGGAUACAUUUGGUGUGUCAAAACAGGCAACAAACUGACUGAGUUGGAGUGGACCCCCACAAAUGGAACAAAAUACCUCUACAAGAGAUGCAGGUUUGGUCGAGUUGAGGAGGAUCCAAAGAAAAGUAGGCUGUUCCUGAUAUGCAACCCUGUGAGCCGCGUUGGAAAGCAGACUGCGCACAUACAGUUGUGGGAUCCUGCGCAAGGUCUGCGUCGCACUGCGCAAGUGGAGGAGAGUCUAUCUGCACUGGCUGUGCGCGACGACGGACGGUUCAUUGCAGUCGGCACCAUGUUUACGGGAACUGUCGACAUUUACAUUGCCUUCAGUCUACAGAGGGUACUUCACGUCAAGGAUGCCCACAGCAUGUUUGUCACAGGACUAGAGUUUCUACCAGCGCUCGGCUCUGAGACGUCCAUCACCACCGUGUCUGAGGCGGCCGUCGUCAGCAUCUCUGUGGACAACAAAGUCUGCAUCCACAACCUCCCGUACAGGCGGACACUUCCAUCAUGGCUUGUAGUAGUUUUGAUCAUAGUCACUCUAUUCUUCACAUUUGUGAUAUGCAGUUACAUGGGGUUAUGACGUCCUAAUGACACUUAAGUUCUUCUCAGAUCACUUGUCUUACUGUAUAGUUCUAUUUAUUAUCUUCCAUUUACCUAGUGGUGAGUGUGUUUUGUACAUAUGAACGGAAAGGUAUUGGAUGUUAAAAUUUGUAAAUACUAUCCCAAACUUUGUUUGUCAGACUAGUACGUAAAAAUAAGUUAUCGGAUCUUGCAUGUUAUGACUAGUAAGCGCAAUAUUCUUCAAUUAAUCAACUUUUAGAGGAAUAGAUUUUAAAUAUGGAAUUUAUAAACAUUAAAAAAGUGUAACAAUAUCCAGAGCCUUUUUUUCACUGUUGAUUAAAGUUUGUGUUGUUCGUUAAUUUUAUCUUUUAUUUAAUACUAUUUAUUGCAAAAUAUGUUAAUUCUUUAGCUUGUUAAACGUUGCUACAACAUUUUUUUCAACAAUGUACUUUAUACUUUACUUUACUUUAUACUUUUUGAUGAAAUGGCGACCAUACAAAGUAGGUAUUUUAAGCCAAGUAUGAAUGGUGGAGAUGAGUGUAGGAUGAGUGGCGCGAUUUUGUAGUCUUGUUAGUGAUUAAGACCGACAUAUUCCUUAGGCACAGCUGUUAAUUAAUAGCCCAUACAGCUAAUGGCAACUAAGGGACCUACAGUUUAUAGUGGAAUCUAAAUCACAUUUUUGCCUUGGUAUAUACAAAUAUGGUCUAAUUAUCAGGAUAGUACUGCGGAUAGUCGUAGUACUCACUCGUGCGGACAUUAAUCCAAACCAGAGAGUAUCGCAUCCACAUUGCAUGCCUAUAAAUAUUCACAAUUCGUGACCUCCUAGUAGCUGGAUUACAGGACGCCGCCACCUGUCCCAGGCUUGUGUCUAUAAGAUAGGUAUAAGACCUUUUUAUCAGUCGCCAGUGAUUGUAUUGUGUGAACGGAAAUAACUGAAUUGUCCUUUUUAAAUAAGUAGCUAAUGAGGGGUUUUGUAUCGAAUGAAAAAUUUAAAUAAGGGAUGAGCUGAUUCUGAACCUAGAUUGAGAUUCCUCAAAACCCUUGAUUCUAUCAGUACGGUACCAAGGAAUUGUCAAUUUAUCUUUUGCAACUUUGGUUUUAAAAAGUGCUAUGGCCAGAAUAUUUAAUCGUUAAAAUUUUGUAGACUACUUGUACAUUCUGAAAAUUUCAAAACCCCAUGGAAAAAUGUAAAUUUCCCACUUUUUUUAUUGUGACGCUUAUUAGCUUUUGUAAAAUUUGGAAUGAAUAGAUAUUUUCUAUGAUGUCAAUUUACUUGUACUUAAGUUUCAUUCAAUAAAUCAUCUCUAAAUAAAGCAUGUCAUCUGGAAAUUGUUUGGUAAAUAAUGAAAUGCACUUUCUUGUGUCAGCUACUUUUAAAACACUUUCUUUGUGUUGAUUAAGUCUCUUAAUUCGGCCUGAAGUUGUAGUUACACCCGUAAUUGUGAUUCUACAUUUUUUACCAUUGGAAUCAAAAGGUUGUUUUAGAAUCAACCCGUAAUAAAAUUUUCUAGGCUCCUCACAAAGAUUUUUGUAGAUUAUUGUAGUACUGCAGUAGAACUUUAGUAAUCUUAUAUAUUAAAAAAACUUUUGCAAAACUUAUGACAGCUAGCCACUAUAUUACUGGACCGAAUUACACACGGGUUGUACCAAAAGAAAGGUUAUUGGUCCUAUAUGUGCAGGUUUUAUUUGUAUUUUGAAAAUAUUUAUGUUAAUUGGGUCAAAAAUGGAUAUUCAACUUUUCUUAUGGAGAUUUAACAUGGGGUUAAUUCUAUAUAUUAAUAGACAAGCAUGUUUAUUGAAAACCUUUUCUCUCAGCUCCUGUGCAUCACAGGGAAAAUCUAUGCAUACUAUUAGAAAGAUAUUUGCCUGAAGAUGUGCAGAAUCCCUUUAUAAAUUAAAAUAAACUCAAAAAUAAGCAAACAAAAAAUGAAUUUAAAAUAUAAAAAAAAUUAACAUGGGCCUUAAGGAUUGCCAUGUUGGUGACGAAAUAACAAAUAACAAAAUAUAAACAGAAAAUCAAAACAAUUAAUUGAAAGAAAUUCCAAUCACAUGCUUUAUUUACAGUGUGGGGUGAAAAUAGAGAAGUUUGCACAAUACAUAGUUUUGACCGAGUUUUGGACCACGGGACGAGUUCUCGUACUAGUAUCAAACAAUUUUUUUUUGCAAGAGCAUGAUAAUAUUAGUGGAUUUGUUUUUUAUUUAUAUUAUGAUAAAUAUGCUCAACUGUUUAUUUUGUUAAAUGUUGAUAGAUAUUAAAUAAUCUAUAUAUGUACUACUUUACAAAAAUGAGGUGUCUUACUAUAACGCAAAAACCACUUCACAAAAUUAGUUCAAAUUUUGCAAGGUGUUUACUUAAUGAAGAUGGUCAUAGAGAUAUUACCAUGUACCGGUACAUAUAUUGUCAUUAGGCUUCAAUCCUUCAAAUCCUUGUGGUUCACAGAAUUUUAAAAAGGUUUAUAAAAUAUAAAUAACAGUGUUAUUUGUCCUUUGUUGAUUAUAAAAAAUGUGAUAUUUCCUUUAGGCAAGGGUACAUGUUUUUCCAUAUGGGUGUGAAUGACAUGCUUGUUUCUAUUUUUGUAGUCAUGCACUGUUUUAAGCAUGGGCAAAGCCACCAUACUACUUGAGUAUAAAUAGUAUUUCUUUCUUUGUGUUUUGCCUUUUUUGAACAUUAAUGGCUGUGAUGAAGCUCUCGGAAAGGUUUGGGAACUCAUGUGGGCAGUUAGAAAAAGCUGGUCUUUUAAUCCUUGAAUGUUUAUUUUUAAUAGAUCAUAGAAUUAAAUAUACUUGAUAUAUGAUUAUGGUAGUUUGUGUGUGUGCCUUUUAAGUUUUGCAUUUUUCUAAGUGGAAAAAAAUAGAAAGAAAGUUGCUCUCAACCUUCAAAAUGUUGUGCAUUUUUGUUUAGCCUAAACACAGUUUUGCUUAUUUCCUUUCAUCUAAUUGUCUGGGUAGCCCAGUGGUUAGUGCUCGCCUUAAAAUCUUAAGUUCUUUUGGUUUUAUUGAGAUUGUUUCCAGACCCAAAUUCUAUUUGUCAUAUGGGCUAUGAAUUAAUGAUGCUAUCUUACAAAAAAGACGUUAGAUAGUAUCGAGACCAUUCCCUUUUAAAACAUAAAAAAUGCUAUUGGCUUAGAAAACAUGCAACAUCAAAUAAAAAUAAUCAUCUAUCUAUUGUCCUACUGAUAUUGGCACUCCUGUGCCCACUGUAUGUUUUUUUAAUGCACAUUCCUUGAUUUUAAUCACACAUUAAAGCAUUUAUGUACCCAUGCAACACUGAAUAUGCAAACUUAUCAUUUGUCACUUUGGUUGAAAACAAAUAGGGAAUUUUAUUCUUGUAAUUUUAGUACUGACAGGUUUGCUUAUGUUUUCGUUCAACACAAAAAUUAUGACAACGGAAAACAUCACUUGAUUUGAAAUAUUAUGUCAAAAAUGAGUCGUACACCAAUCUAACAUUCCCGAGUCAUUUUUGUCAUUCUUCUUUGUAUAAAACUUGUACAUCAUUUAGAUUAUUCAAUGAAAAAUUUCAAGAAAAAAUGUUUAAACCACCGACCUUCCUCUUGGGAAAUUUCAAUUUUUACUGUAUGAAGUGCAUAAGCUUUGUAUAUAUUGUAUUGUAGUUACUGAAUGUUUAAGUGCCUAUUUUAUUCCAUUUAAAUGUAUGUGUUGUUAAAAUAAAACUAUUUCCAUUCA